GAAGCGCAGGCUGGUCUGGAUCCAUGCUGGUCGCAAACACACUAUGUUGGUUUUGUCGUGACGCGGCUCAAUUAAUGUUUAGUUGUCAAAUGGAACUGAAGCUAUAGAAAAGUUCACUGCAUGCAAUGUUUAGUUGAUACGCAGACGAUUGUAUCUGUCUUAAAGCUCGAUAAACGUUCUUUUAUAAAGUACAGUGAACCACGAAGAGUAUUCAUGUAGCAGUAAGGUGACCAGGUUAAAGGUCAAAAAGAUAUCUCUUCUAAAUUUAUAUUCAUCUUAAUUUAGACAGUCACUUCCUUCGAUAGGGAAUAUUUCACCUGGAGUUUUAGUUAUGUAAUCAUAUAGUGGAUUAAUUGAUGUACACUUCUUUCCAAGCUCCUUGACAAUUGAGAGACGCGCACAUUAAAAACUUUUACUUUAAACGAACAAAAGUAACACAUCUAAAAAAGAUACAGAUAAAAAUCUAAAUUUUUCCAUUACAUGAAAACUUCAUUUAUUACAAGCUUAAUUGUCAUUCGACCGACACUGUAAGAAAUACAAAUAAUUGAAUUAUCUAAAAUUUAUAUUGAAUAGUGUUUUACAAGUUGAUAGGUUUCAUUUAUAAUAAUGGAAUAUAUAAAUGGAGACAAAGGCAUUAUUAAGAAUGACAUAAGUGAAAAAAUCCACGUGGAAAUUGAACACGUGAAGCACGGAACCACAGACGGAUCAUUGCUAGGCAACGGAAAAGAAAGCGUGACGUAUAAGCACAAACUAUUCCAUACUGCUUGUGUGUUCUUUAGUAUGUUUGCCUUGGGUUGGAGGAACGCUUUAAUUGGCCCUACUUUACCAGAUCUAAGACUAUUGAUGAAUGUUGAUCUUUCAACAGCGUCUUGGAUAUUCACAACAAAAUCACUAGGCGGAUUGCUUGGCUCACUUUGCGGCGGGCUGGGAUAUGACCGAUUCAACAAGAUUGGCGUGUUUGUAACUAUUGUUAGCAGCAUGGGUGUCGUUACAGCGGUAACACCGUGGUGUACCUACCUGCCUGCCAUGCUUGUCGUGCAUGCCUUACACGGUGUGUUCAACGGGGCUCUUGAUACAGCUGCCACUGCUGAUAUGGCUGUUAUAUGGAAACAAAAUGCCGGACCAUUUAUGCAAGCAGUACAUUUUAGCUUUAGUGUCGGUGCAAUAAUUUCCCCGUUAAUAGCAGAGUCGUUUUUAGCGGAAACAAUGUUAACGGACGCUGGGUCUUCCAAAGAAUAUUUGAACUACUCAAAUACGACUUCAUCCUAUUUGAACACCAGUGCUCUGAUAUAUGACUUUGGGAAUGUCACACAGCAGACUGUAAUGAAUAAUUCCUUCAGUAAAUACGGAAAAUCUCGAAUUUACGUACCGUAUAGUAUAACAGCAUCAGUUCUGUUGGUAUCAGCUUCUUUGUUUUUAAUCGUCUGCUUUUUCUACGGAAACGUUUAUAAGCCUUCUAAUACUAUAUUUUCUGAAUGUACAACGGGUUCAAGUGAGUCCAAAAAACGUUAUUUUCUGACAAAGAAACUGAAAAUCACAUUUACAAUACUUAUAGCUUUGUCUUUAUUGUUCUAUGUUGUGAGCGAACAUUGUUUUGUCGGAUUUCUAAUGACUUUUCUGAUAUCGGAAUUAAAAUGGAGUAAGGCAAAGGGAUCCACCGCGUCGUCUGCUUUUUGGAUUGCUUUUGCAAUUGGCCGUUUAUCUGGUAUAAUUAUGACAAAAUUUGUUAAGAAUUCGACCAUGAUAAUUAUGUUCUUUUCAUUCCUAACUUGUGGCGGUGUGUUUUUUUUACUAGCCGUGAUAUGGGCUAUAAAUAGUCUGGUGUGGAUAUCGGUUGUUGUCAUAGGAUUUGGAAUGUCUGCAAUUUUUGGAUUAGUUAUUUCAUGGCAGUCAAAAAAUAUAAGAACACUUACUGGUAAAAUGACGAGCAUUUUCUUUAUUUUUAUGUCGACAGGAAAUAUGGUAGUACCAAUCUUAGUUGGCUACCUCAUGGAUAAGUUUUCUCAAAUGUAUUUCGCAUACACAAACAUAGUUCUAAGCGUUUUCAUGUUCUUAACUUUUAUAAUUGUCUUGUCAUCUUUUAAUCUUCUAAAAAAGGCUGAUGAAAACUCCAAAAAGAAAGCUGAAGCUUUAAAAAUGAACAUUCAGAAAUAAUACCUAGUUUUGUUUGUUUGUUUGUUUGCUUCAUUUUACGCCUUUUCCCAACAGUAUUUCAGUAAUACCUAGUUUUAGUGUAUUGCAUGAAAUAAUACUAUUGCAUGUAUACAUUAAAACAUACGAAUUGAAAUUUGCAGACACAAUUAAUUUCGUGACAGAUGUCGUAAAUUGCUUAAUUCGUAUUUUUUGUAUGGAGCACCAACACAAUUUAAGUCAUAUGGCACCGAAACAGGAAAUAUAUCUAUUAGCUUACCUCGGAUGUUACAAACUGAAAGUAACACCAGGGGACAGAACCAUCUCACCUGCUAGAGCUAAGAGAUGUACAGACUCUAGUUUUCGAAUCCAAUUCGAAUCCAUUUAGUCGCCUGCAAAUCUGAUGUCUAAACCGUUGAAGACAAUCCAUCAGCAUAAAGGGGAUACAUACGUAAUUAAUUUUCACAAAUCUUUGUGUUUUUUCCAUAAAACUACUAAAAUAGAGUACUUACCAAGAUACUUGGGAGUUUAUGAACUCUGCCUACUUUGUCCAUCUACAAAUCAACACAUCACAUUCGGCUUCGGUGAAUAUCAAACAAGCAAGGUCCAUGAACUUGGAUAUUCACCUAAAUCUUCCUACCAGAACUGUUUUUACCAUUUGACCAAAUAAAAAACAUUAAGGUCAUCUUUGAAAGUCUUCCGAUUCCCUUUUUACUAAAACAAGCCCUGAAUUAGCGCUGAAGACGGACUUGAAAAAUCACCUCAUCGGCGUACAAUAAUUGUAUAAUAUUGGCUACAUUUGGUGCAAUUGUUUUUUUUUAUUUUUGUAAUAUUUUAUAUUAAGGCAUUCUUAUUAUCUUAUUAUUGAAAAAAUAGACUUAAAACUUA